AUGCCAUUCAAAUCUAGAUGGUCUGUGGCGAUACCCAACGCAUCCCUGCCUACUGUGAUAUUCGAAUCACCAGCACAUCCGCUGUCCACGACCAAAUGCAGCUUUAUCGAUGCAGCUCGGCCCGACACCCACUAUCUCACAGCCCAUGAUUACCGCCUUUGGUGCCAGCGGUUCGCCGCCGGUUUGAGGAAAUCCGGGCUGGAGACUGGUGAUCGAGUCCUGCUGUUCUCGUCCAAUGACUUGUUCUUUCCCGUGGCCUUUAUGGGGAUUGUGAUGGCUGGCGGCAUCUUCACCGGCGCAAAUCCUACAUAUACCCCAAGAGAAUUGGCAUACCAGCUCAAGGACAGCGGAGCAAAAUACCUCCUGUGUGCCGAUGCGAGCCUGGAUAUUGGUAUUGCCGCAGCAAGAUCCAUCGGCAUGGGUCUGGACAGGGUAUUUGUAUUCAACAGCGCCGUGUUUGACGGCACAGGGCGUGGAGCUAAAGGCUGCCGUUACUGGGGAGACCUCAUAGCAUCCCCAGACGAGGGAAGCCGGUUCGUCUGGGAGUCGCUAGCAGCUCCGGGGGAAGCAAACCGUACCCUGGCAUUAAACUACUCGAGCGGAACGACUGGCGUCCCCAAAGGAGUAGAGAUUACCCAUAGGAAUUAUGUGGCUAACCUCCUUCAAUUCAACAAGACCAGCGCUCUCCACAAAGACUAUGCGAAUAAGAAUGCCAGGACCAGGUGGCUUUGUUUCUUGCCAAUGUAUCACGCCAUGGCACAGAAUAUUUUCAUAGCCUCGGCACUACGACGAGGGAUUCCGGUGUAUAUCAUGGCCCGGUUCGACUUCAUCAAGAUGUUGGAGAACAUCCAGAAAUUCCGCAUCAACGAGAUACUGGCCGUUCCGCCUAUCGUCAUCUCACUGGCGAAACAUCCACACGUGAAGAAUUACGACUUGAGCUCUCUGGAGUCGAUUGGAAGCGGAGCUGCUCCGUUGGGGAGAGAAAUCAGUGAAGAAGUGGAGGCCAUGUUUCCCGCAGGACAGCUUCAUGUUAGGCAGGGCUGGGGUAUGACCGAGACUACCUGCUCUAUUCUUGGCUGGGAUCCAAACGAAAAGGGCACGAGUUCGUCUGUUGGCGAACUCACCGCGAACUGCGAAGGCAAGAUAAUGGCCGAGGACGGUGUGACAGAACUAGGCCGGAAUCAAAGAGGCGAAAUCUGGGUCAGAGGCCCCAAUGUCAUGAAGGGCUACUGGGGCAGGCCUGGAGCGACCAGGGAAACCCUCACGAAAGACGGAUGGCUCAUGACUGGAGAUAUUGGCUACGUAACUGAGAAAGGGAAAUUCUUCAUCGUCGACAGGAAAAAGGAGCUUAUCAAAGUAAAGGGAAACCAGGUAGCCCCCGCAGAGCUGGAAGGGGUUCUUCUAGACCAUCCCGCCGUAGCUGAUGCGGCUGUCAUUGGCAUAACCAGAGACGGCGAGGAGUAUCCACGGGCAUAUAUAACCCUGAAACCCGGUACAAAGGCAACUGCUAAGGAAAUAAUCAACUAUAUGAAGCAGAACGUUGCUCCCACGAAGCGAAUCACCGGCGGAGUAGUUUUUAUCGAAGAGAUCCCCAAGAACCCAUCCGGAAAGAUCCUGAGGAAAGCUCUAAGAGACAGAGCAGCCCAAGAAGCUCAGGAAGAGCCCCUCCAGAUCUUUGCUAAACUUUAG